AUGCCAAUAUCUUCGCUCCUGUGCUUAUACUUGCUGGCCAUUAGGACUGUAAGUGGAAAACUUAUAUCCGAUGUAUUUACUGGCUUCAGUAUACUAAACAAGGGAACUGCGAAUAGAGAUGUCUUUAAUGCGCAAUUAUCAUUCACAGUCCCACUCUCAGCGAAUCCUCAGAUCGGAGAUUAUUUUGAAUUGAGUAUGCCCCUUGUCAGAAAAGUCUAUACCAACAUCACGACUUCGGAAGGAAACUGGGUUUACAUCACGGACGGUAAGACUAACUACGCUGAAUGUCUUGUUUUCAAUGGAUUUAGUACUGGCGUGCCAUCAUCUUUGACAUGCACAAUUACAGAAGAUUCAAGUGUAGACGUGACAGGAUUAAUGACAAUCGGGGUCAGACUGACACCUGGCAUGUCUAUAGGAGAAGAAGCCGGUGCAAAUGCUCUUAGUAUAGGAACAAAUACGUUGACAUGGAAUGAGAUGAGUGCAACUGUGAGCCUCACCAGCGACGAAUUCUACGCUACAGGUGCAACAUCUUCAAAUUUCGGAGCUUAUGGAGAAGCAGUGCCUGGAAGUGACACAAGUUAUUUAUACUAUCUCCUGGGCCCAUCUUGUGCAAGUUCAUUUUCAGAGAACUUCAGAGUUAUUUUCAGUGGCUCAAAAAGUGGUGUGGGGACUCUUACAUCAUGUGAUGAUGUCGGCAUUUUCAUGGCUUCUACUUUCAAUGACUGGGGAUUUCCAAAAGAUCCCGAGGUCUUUCCUUCAGAUUCUUACUCCUUAUCAUGCUCUGGGAAUACUGUGUCCAUCUCAGCUAGUGGAAUUCCAGCAAAUUAUCAUCUCUUUUUAAACGCUUACCAAGCUCUUCCAUCAACCUCCUACUACAGUCUCGAAAUUUUAGAAAGCGUCAAGGGAACAAAAACAUGUCAGGGCACCACAAAAGGAUUCUCUACUACUGGCGAUUGGGUAAUAACAACGGGUUCGGCUGGUGGAGCAGCGUCUGUGAUUCAUAACACUCAGUCUACUACCACCAAGCCAUGGACAGGCACGGCCACUAGCACAUUCUCAACUUCAAUUUUUACGUUCACAGGAAGUGAUGGUCUUCAAACAACUGAGACUAUUUAUUACGUGGGAACACCUUUAUCAACCACCACUGAACCUUGGACUGGAACAAAAACGUCCACUACAACUGGUGUAAUUGAUGUUACCAAUAGCGAUGGCAAGGUAGUCACAACAACAGUGGUUAUUGUCGAAACACCACUGUCUACUACAACAGUUCCAUGGACAGGAACCGUCACGUCCACUACUACCGGAUUAGUCGGUAUCACUGGCACCGAUGGUAGCACCACGCCAACUACUCUUGUGAUUGUUGAGACGCCACUAUCUACCACCACGGUUCCAUGGACUGGCACUAUCACAUCCACUACUACUGGAUUGGUUGAUAUAACCGGCACCGAUGGUAGCACCACGCCAACGACGUUGGUAAUUGUUGAGACACCACUAUCGACCACCACGGUUCCAUGGACUGGGAAUGGAACGUCCACUACUACUGGAUUAGUUGAUAUUACCGGCACUGACGGAAACACCACGCCAACGACGUUGGUAAUUGUUGAGACGCCACUAUCCACAACCACAGUUCCAUGGACUGGUACUAUCACAUCCACUACUACUGGAUUAGUUGAUAUCACUGGCACCGAUGGUAGUGUUACGCCAACGACAUUGGUAAUUGUUGAGACACCACUAUCGACCACCACGGUUCCAUGGACUGGCACUAUCACAUCCACUACUACUGGAUUAGUUGAUAUUACCGGCACUGACGGAAACACCACGCCAACGACGUUGGUAAUUGUUGAGACGCCACUAUCCACAACCACGGUUCCAUGGACUGGUACUAUCACAUCCACUACUACUGGAUUAGUUGAUAUUACCGGCACUGACGGCAACACCACCCCAACUACUCUUGUGAUUGUCGAGACACCACUAUCCACAACCACAGUUCCAUGGACUGGUACUAUCACAUCCACUACUACUGGAUUAGUUGAUAUCACUGGCACCGAUGGUAGUGUUACGCCAACGACAUUGGUAAUUGUUGAGACACCACUAUCGACCACCACGGUUCCAUGGACUGGCACUAUCACAUCCACUACUACUGGAUUGGUUGAUAUAACCGGCACCGAUGGUAGCACCACGCCAACGACGUUGGUAAUUGUUGAGACGCCACUAUCCACAACCACGGUUCCAUGGACUGGUACUAUCACAUCAACCACUACUGGAUUGGUCGAUAUUACCGGCACUGACGGUAACACCACCCCAACUACUCUUGUGAUUGUUGAGACACCACUAUCUACCACCACGGUUCCAUGGACUGGCACUAUCACAUCAACCACUACUGGAUUAGUAGAUAUCACUGGCACCGAUGGUAGUGUUACGCCAACGACAUUGGUAAUUGUUGAGACACCACUAUCUACUACUACUGUGCCAUGGACUGGUACUAUCACAUCAACCACUACUGGAUCGGUCGAUAUCACCGGUACAGAUGGUAGCACCACGCCAACUACUCUCGUGAUUGUUGAAACACCACUAUCCACAACCACAGUUCCAUGGACUGGCACUAUCACAUCAACCACUACUGGAUUAGUAGAUAUCACCGGUACAGAUGGUAGUGUUACGCCAACGACAUUGGUAAUUGUUGAGACACCACUAUCCACGACGACUGUGCCAUGGACUGGUACUAUCACAUCCACCACCACUGCCUUAGUUGAUAUUACCGGCACUGAUGGCAACAGCACUCCGACCACACUGGUGAUUGUCGAGACACCCUUGACUGGCGAAUCUUCUACUGAAAUAAACCUUCACACUACAACUAUUCCUUGGACCGGCUCAUUUACCUCAACCAGUACAGGAUUGCUAGAAAGCACUGGAUCUGAUGGAAUUUUGCUUUCGACCAGUAUUGUGUACGUCGAAAUACCUCUUUCUACUUCAACGAUUCCUUGGUCUGGUAUAAUGACUUCAACCUCGACUGGUCAGAUGGAUAUCACUGGAAGUGAUGGGGUUGCAACUCCAACUACUCUCGUUUUUGUUGAAACACCAACAUUUGGUUACUAUAGAAACUCUACAUCUAAAUCAGGCUCGAGCACGACUUCUUCCCAUGAAACUAUCAAGACAUCAGAUAUCAAAUCUUCUACGUGGGGAAAUUCAGAGGUUACCCAAUCUUUGGAGAGCACGACAAGACAUAUUUUCAUAGAUUCAACUUCAACAGUCAUAUACACCAAUGUUGUCACUAGCUAUACUAACAGGCAUCUUGAAAAAAGUACUUCAUCUGUUAGUGGAACGGGAGAGUCUACACGAUUAUCACCUGAGGUUAGUUUUACUUUGUCGUCUUUCAACAGUAUCCCUCCUUCAAAGAGCAGAAAUACCGUCAGUGAUAUCACAAAGACAAUAACAGAAAACUAUAAGACUAUGGAAGAAUAUUUGUCAUCAAGCAAAGGAGGUGUCGAAGAAACCAGUUCCUCAAAGCCCAAGACAACAAGUAAUGGUAAUACUAAUCAUAUUUCUUACGGUACGCCUAAAAUACCAUCUACCUAUACAGCUUCCUCCGUUGAAACAAAUUCUCCAAGCUCCCUAGAAAUAGUCGAACCAUCAAGAAGUAGACCGCUCGCGGCAGAAACUCCUUCUUCAAACACAAUAUUGACCGUAAUAACGAAAACCUUUGAUAGAAAUUCGUACACUUACUCUUCAGAUUUGAACUAUCCUUCCGAGAAAAUCACAUCUUUGAGCAAAUCAGCAGAACCGGAACAACCUACAGCUCAGAAUUUUGAAACUACAUCAUUCGAUGCUGCAAAGAAAUCCACAAGUGCCGGUGGUAGAAGCUCUUAUACUGGGGUUAUCUCAAAUGACAAUAAUCCUUCCAAAGAGGAUAUUUUUUCGUAUGCGACUAAAGCCAGUAGUUUGAAAUCACAUACUUCUAUUGCCACAGGUCUAAGUUUACCUCAAUACUCGAUUACCACCUUAAGUUCGGGUAGCACUGUGAACUCCACAUUAUCACUUUCAACCUAUGAGGGUUCAGCUAAUCGAAUGAGAAUUGGCUUAUUACUUCUUUUGCCAUUCGCAUUAUAG